CCUCCUGCAGAAUGCAGAGAACACAAGAGCUGCGCACAUAAAGAACAAAGAGAAGGAGCACUUUCCACCAUGAGUGAGUCGACUGACAACGGGGAGGGAGUCCAGCCCUCCAGCACCACGCUGAAUGAAAAAUGGAUCGAAACAAAGAGGACUACGCAGACAAAAGCAGAUACUCCUUCACAAACCCGUUUGCCAAUGAAGAUUGUGAAGCCGAUGGUUUUCCCUGUGGAUUUCAAACAGCAAGAUUCAGUUUCAGAGAAUGAGCAGAAAAGAGCAGAUUCUCCUUCACCAUCAUGUGUGUCCAUGAAGAGUGACAUGUCCAUGGAUUUCCCUGUGGCUUUCACAGGGCAAUAUAUAUUUUCUGAGACUGAUCAGAAAAAAGCAGUUUCCUCUUCACCAUCCUGUGUGUCCAUGAAGAGUGACAUGUCCAUGGAUUUCCCUGUGGCUUUCAAACAGCAAGAUUCAAAGUCAGAGACUGAUCAGAAAAAAGCAGAUUCCUCUUCACCAUCCUGUUUGUCCAUGAAGAGUGACAUGUCCAUGGAUUUCCCUGUGGCUUUCAAACAGCAAAAUUCAAAGUCAGAGACUGAGCAGAAAAAAGCAGAUUCUCCUUCACCAUCCUGUGUGUCCAUGAAGAGUGACAUGUCCAUGGAUUUCCCUGUGGCUUUCAAACAGCAAGAUUCAAUUUCUGAAGUUCACCAGGAGAUGUCAGAGGUUGUCGCUGGUUGUCAAACAGAGCUGGACUCCAUAUUUAAGUUCCUUGAGGAGAACAUGUUUGCCUUCAUGAAGCAAGAGCUUAAGAAGUACCAGAGGGUCCUGAGUCCAGAUAACCCAGAAUGCUUAGAGAGCCAAGGUGAGGACGAGGAGUUGUUUGAUGGUGAAGAGGAAGAGCACAGAGAGGCAUUUCUGAAGAUCGCCCAGCACUUCCUGAGGUUAAUGAAGAAGGAGAAGCUGGCUGACUCUCUGCAGAACAGAUCUAGAGCUGCAGCGUGCCGCCGUAAACUCAAAUCUAAUCUGAAGAAUAGGUUUCAAAGCGUGUUUGAGGGGAUCGCUAAAGCAGGAAACCCCGCCCUUCUGAAUCAGAUCUACACAGAGCUCCACAUCACAGAGGGAGGGAACGCAGAGGUCAACAAUGAACACGAGGUCAGACAGAUUGAAACAGCAUCCAGGAAACCAGACAGACCAGAGACAACCAUCAGAUGUGACGACAUCUUUAAAGCCUCACCUGGACGAGAUGAACCAAUCAGAACAGUGAUGACAACGGGAGUGGCUGGCAUCGGGAAAACAGUCUUAACACAGAAGUUCACUCUGGACUGGGCUGAAGACAAAGCCAACCAGGACAUACGGUUCACAUUUCCAUUCACCUUCAGAGAGCUGAAUGUGCUGAAAGAGAAGAAGUUCAGCUUGGUGGAACUUGUUCAUCACUUCUUCUCUGAAACCAAAGAAGCAGGAAUCUGCAGGUUUGAAGAGUUCCCGGUUGUGUUCAUCUUUGACGGUCUGGAUGAGUGUCGACUUCCUCUGGACUUCCACAACAAUGAGAUCCUGAUUGAUGUUACAGAGUCCACCUCAGUGGAUGUGCUGCUGACAAACCUCAUCAGGGGGAAACUGCUUCCCUCUGCUCGCCUCUGGAUAACCACACGACCUGCAGCAGCCAAUCAGAUCCCUCCUGAGUGUGUUGACAUGGUGACAGAGGUCAGAGGGUUCACUGACCCCCAGAAGGACGAGUACUUCAGGAAGAAAUUCAGAGAGGAAGAACAGGCCGUCAGGAUCAUCUCCCACAUCAAGACCUCACGAAGCCUCCACAUCAUGUGCCACAUCCCAGUCUUCUGCUGGAUCACUGCUACAGUUCUGGAGGAUGUGAUGAAGACUAUAGAGGGAGGAGAGCUUCCCCAGACCCUGACUGAGUUGUACAUCCACUUCCUGGUGGUUCAGUCCAAAUUCAAGAAUGUCAAGUACGAUGGAGGAGCUGAGACGGAUCCACACUGGAGUCCAGAGAGCAGGAAGAUGACUGAGUCUCUGGGAAAACUGGCUUUUGAUCAGCUGCAGAAAGGAAACCUGAUCUUCUAUGAAUCCGACCUGACAGAGUGUGGCAUCGAUAUCAGAGCAGCCUCAGUGUACUCAGGAGUGUUCACACAGGUCUUUAGAGAGGAGAGAGGACUGUACCAGGACAAGGUGUUCUGCUUCAUCCAUCUGAGUGUUCAGGAGUUUCUGGCUGCUCUUCAUGUCCAUCUGACCUUCAUCAACUCUGGUGUCAAUCUGCUGUCAGAAGAAAAAUCCACCACCUUUAUGUCUAAGCUGUUCAGAAUCAAACCUGAAGCCCUCUACCAGAGUGCUGUGGACAAGGCCUUACAGAGUCCAAACGGACACCUGGACCUGUUCCUCCGCUUCCUCCUGGGUCUGUCACUGCCGACCAAUCAGACUCUCCUACGAGGCCUGGUGACUCCGACGGGAAGCAGCUCGCCGACCAAUCAGGAAACAGUCAAGUACAUCAGGAAGAAGAUCGGUGAGAAUCCGUCUCCAGAGAAAAGCAUCAAUCUGUUCCACUGUCUGAAUGAACUGAAGGACAGCCAUCUUAUUGAGGAGAUCAAAGGAUGUCUGUGUUCAAGACAUCUGUCCACACAGGAGCUCUCCGCUCAGUGGUCAGCUCUGGUCUUCCUGUUGCUGUCUUCAGACAAAGAUCUGGAAGAGUUUGACCUGAAGAAACACGCUGAUUCAGAGGAGGAUUUUCUGAGGCUGCUGCCAGUGGUCAAAGCCUCCAACAAAGCUCUGCUGAGUUGCUGUAAUCUGUCAGAGAAAAGCUGUGAAGCUCUGUCCUCAGUCCUCAGCUCACAGUCCUCCAGUCUGAAGGAGCUGGACCUGAGUCACAACGACCUGAAGGACUCAGGAGUGAAGCUGCUUUGUGCUGGACUGGAAAGUCCACAUUGUAGACUGGAGGUUCUCAGGCUGUCGGGCUGUCUCAUCACAAAGAAAGGUUGUGCUUCUUUGGCCUCUGCUCUUAAAACCAACCCCUCCCACCUGAGGGAGCUGGACCUGAGCUACAAUAACCCAGGAGACUCAGGACAGGAGCUGCUCUCUGGUGGACUGAAGGACCAACACUGGAGACUGGACACUCUCAGGAUGGACAACGGUGGAUCACAGAAAAUGAAACCUGGUCUGAUGAAGUACGCCCGUAAACUCGAACUGGACAACACCACGGCCAACAAGCAGCUCAUAUUGUCCGACAACAACAUGAAGAUGACAGUGAGGAAAGAGAAGCAGCCGUAUCCUGACGAUCCAGGGAGAUUUGACUACUGGAAACAGGUCCUGUGCACGGACGGUCUGACUGGGCGCUGUUACUGGGAGGUUGAGUGGGAAGGGCAUGUCUAUAUAGCGGUGGCCUAUAAAGAAAUCAAGAGAGGACAAGGCGAAGACAGCUGCCUUGGAAAGAACGAUCAGUCGUGGAGUCUGAACUGCUCCAAUGACGGUUACUCCAUCCUGCACGAUAAGAAAGUGGUGGCCAUCGAUGUCCCCCCACUGAACAGAGUGGGCGUGUUCCUGGACUGGUCUGCUGGCACUCUGUCGUUCUACAGAGUCUCUACCGACAAACUGACCCACAUCCACACCUUCAACACCAAAUUCAAGGGGGCGGUCUACCCGGCUUUCAGGGUCAAGAUGGACCCGCUGAACUCGUCAGUGUCUUUGUGUAAGAUACCUUAAACCUAUAAAAUCUGAUUGGGUUUUGGUGUAUCAUUUCUGAGUUUGUACAACCUCGAUUCCUCUCCUUGCCUCCUCAUGUAUUAAGCUUUGUAUCACUAGCAAUUCACACACAAUCAAAUAGAAGCUUUUACCAGAUUUAAUAGAGGUAAAUGUGAUUGAGAUGCGAGGCUUAACUUCGUGUAGCAUGUCCAGUUAGCCGCAUGAGUUAAGGGCAGCUUCGAUAGGUAAUCCGCUGUAGCACCCGUACACGGCGAACCCCAAACAGUCCCAUGUUACUUGAGACUAGCUUGACCAGAGCUGAGAUCUUUAUGAUCUUGACGAAUGUAGUGGAGUUAGCUAUUUGUCCAAGCUCUAGGAAGAAAGGGGGCGGCAUUAAUCGAAGGUAUCGAGGACAACAGGUUGAUUGUAUGUUGUAUGUUGUAUGUUGUUUCAUACUGAUGUGAUGCAG